AUGGCCUGGACGUGGUGUGACCGAGGGCGGCUGCCCGCACCCUACCCCGUCUAUGCCGCCCUCUGUUUGCUGUCGCUCACCUCCGUGGGCCAGGGCCUAUCCCGCAAACCGGCCAUCCCCCCGCUAGUGAAUGGGCAACCCUUCCAGGUCUACUGGAACGUGCCCACGUCGCACUGCAGCACCCACAGAGGCGUCGACCUGCACUUGGACGACUUUGGUAUUAUAACCAAUAGAAAUGAGAUGUUCAUUGGAGAGAAACACACGAUAUUUUAUUCUGGGCGGUUGGGAAUUUAUCCAACUUAUCAUAGUGGGGAUCCCGAAAAUGGGGGGCUCCCCCAGAACAUGAGCCUGCAGGACCACUUGCUUCAGGCCAGGGUAGACAUCGACAACUUUUUAGCCCAGGACUACCAGGGGUUGGCGGUGAUAGACUGGGAGGAUUGGCGCCCCCUGUACGCAAGGAACUGGGGCGCCAAGAGAGUCUACCAGACAAAAUCACAGGAGCUUGUCCGGGGGAGGAACCCCCAAUGGAACCAAACCCAUAUCGAAGCUGAAGCUAAGAAGGAGUUUGACCAGGCGGCUAGAAUCUACAUGAGGUCUUCCCUGAGGCUGGGCCAGUCGAUGCGACCGAAGGCCUACUGGGGAUUUUACCUCUUCCCGGAUUGCUACAACUACCACUUCAGGGAUGAGUUCCCCACGUACGACGGCCAAUGCCCAGACAUCGAGAUCAAUCGUAACAAUGAGCUGACGUGGAUGUGGACUCAGAGCUCUGCCCUCUUCCCGUCCGUCUACCUGGAGGAGAAGCUCAAGUCGGAGCGCGGUCAACGCGGCAAACUCUUCGCCAGAUACCGGAUACGGGAAGCCGUGCGUGUGGCUUUGCUGACCGAAGAGCAAUAUACUCCGCCCAUCUUCCUCUACUGCCGCUCCCACUUCAUCGACAGCAACACCCUCACGCCCCUCAAUGAGAUUGAUCUGGUCCGCACUCUGGGCGAGAGCGCAUCGAUGGGGGUGAGCGGAGCCAUUCUGUGGGGGUCCACCGACUUCUCCAGAACCACGGAAAACUGCCAGGCCGUGAAGGACCAGGUGCAUAAUGUGUUGGGGCCGUACAUCCUGAACCUGACCGCGGGUGUGCGGUUCUGCAGCCGGACGCUGUGCUCCAACCACGGCCGCUGCUACCGCCGCAACGCCGACGAGGAUGUUUUCCUGCACUUGAACAGCCAGUCGUCCCGCAUCGUGAAGCGCAACCGGCGCACCAACAAGUUUCGCAUCAGGGGCCGGCCCAGUCCGUCGGACAGGAGGAAUUACAGAGCCCACUUCCAGUGUCAGUGUUACCGGGGCUGGAACGGCACCCGAUGCACCCGCCACGGAAAGUCCAUCGACUCCUGCCGUGCCAACACCUCCCCGCUCACACUUGUCCUCGUCUUGCUCCUGAGCCUUCUUCUCAUAUGA